AACUAGUUGCCGAAAUUAGCAUAAAUCGCACAGCAUGGAGCGUAUUUUGAGAGGAAUUAUGCGUUAUCGCAACACGACCCGCGAGCAAAUGGUCAAAGAAUUUCAAAAAGUUCGCGACCACCCAGAGCCGAAGGCCGUCUUCUUCACCUGCAUGGACAGUCGCAUGAUACCCACGAGAUACACGGAUACACACGUUGGCGACAUGUUUGUGGUGCGAAAUGCGGGAAAUCUGAUACCGCACGCCCAGCACUUCCAGGACGAGUACUUCAGCUGUGAGCCAGCGGCAUUGGAGCUCGGGUGCGUGGUGAAUGACAUCAGGCAUAUUAUUGUUUGUGGGCACAGCGAUUGCAAGGCCAUGAAUCUUCUGUAUCAACUCCGCGAUCCCGACUUUGCAUCCAAGUUGAAUCGUCGACUAUCUCCUCUGCGCUCCUGGAUGUGCACGCAUGCCAAUACCAGCUUGGAAAGGUUUCAGGAGUGGCGCAGUGCAGGCAUGAAGGAUCCCCUGAUAUUCUCCUCUGAGACGCCGCUUCGCCGCUUUGUCGCCUACAUUGACGAGGAGCAAAAGUUUGCCGUUGAAGACAAGCUAUCACAGAUCAAUACACUGCAACAGAUGUCGAAUAUUGCGUCAUACGGUUUCCUUAAAACUCGCCUCGAAUCCCACAAUCUGCACAUACACGCACUGUGGUUCGAUAUUUAUACAGGUGACAUUUACUACUUUAGUCGCGGUGCCAAGCGUUUCGUUGCCGUGGACGAGUCCAGCGUAGAUCAGCUCUCGGCGGAGGUGAGACGGUUCUACUCCUAGGUUGGCCACUUCUCAGC